CUCUCUCUCUCUCUCUCUCUCUCUCUCUCUCCCUCUCCGAUGACGUCACGGGGCCCUCCUCCUCCUCCUCCUGUCCUGGUGUCCCUGCAGGAGGACAGACAGAGCAGAGAGGACAGAGGGAGCAGCGGAGACAGGAGACAGACUCAGACUCUCGCACUGGUUUCUCUCCCUCUCUUCUUCCUCUCCUUCUUUCUUCUUCUUCUUCUCCUUCUUCUUCGGUGGUUUGUUUGUGCAGCCAUGCUGGACACGCUCACCUUCCUCCUGGAGAAGCUCUUCCUCGUCGCGCACAUCAGACUCUCCAGCCUCCCGGAGCCGCUCAGCCGGCGCUGCGAGCGGGACGAGGCCCCCCCACAGCAGCCCUCCGGGGCCCCGCAGCUCCGCUUCCAGCGGGGAGACCUGCUGGAGGUGCCCCGGACUCUGUUCACCCACUUCGGCAUCUACCUGGGCGAGAACCGGGUGGCGCACCUGAUCCCGGACAUCCUCCCGGCUCUGACCUCCGACAGCCGUCAGAUCCAGGAGAUGGUGACCAACACGCGCCUGCUGCUCGGGGUGCUCUCCAAGCGCGCCACCAUCCGCGUGGACUCCGUGGAGGACUUCGCGUACGGCGCCGGGAUCCUGCUGAACCACAUGGACCGGGCGGUGCGCCGCAGCCCGCUGGGCGCCGAGGAGGUGGCCCGGCGCGCCGAGCGGCUGCUGGGCUCCGUGUCCUACAGCCUGCUGUGGAACAACUGCGAGCACUUCGUCACGUACUGCCGCUACGGGACGGCGCAGAGCCUGCAGACAGACCAGUUCUGUGAGUGGCUGAAGUCUCUGAUCCGGGACCAACGUAAUGUCCUGCUGACGGCGCUGCUGGGACUCGUGUCCAUGGCGUGUUUGGGCGUGUCCUCCGGCACGGCGCUGCCCGCUCUCCUCGUCCCCUUCACCCUGUGGAUGGCGAGCUAGAAGCUCCGUUCGCCGCCUCGCCGCUGGUUCGAUACCCGGGCCGAGCUGCCAUGACGGACAGGACAGAGUCGUCUGCAAAGAAGUUGACUUUUUACUACAUUUUACUGCUAAUAACACAAUAAGGACUGAACCUUCGUGAUGCAUUUUUAUAUUUUCUGUUGGAUUAGAGUGAACAGAAGAAGAAGAAGAACAGGGUAGUUAGUUUGAGCAACAUUAGCAACCAGGACUAACCCAAUAAGAAGACUUUUAUAAAAGACGGACAGAAGAAUCACUUAGUACCGUCAAGGAUGUUGAAUCGACAGUUUUUUGUUGUUGGUUUUUUUUCUUUUAGUUUUUUGAACAGUUAAAGGCUCUAACUUUAAACUCGGAGGUUAAAGAGACCAAAGAUCAUUUCAUAAUUAUUGCGUUCUACUGAAGAUGCAGCUUUUAUUUUGAAGGAGUCAUUAAGGAAAUAAUAAUAUGUCAGCGUGUCACAUCUGGACACACAAAACCACAGAGUUAGAGUCUUUUUUUGUCUAAAUUUAUACUAUUCAAUAUUAAGUCUGAUUGGCCAUCCAGUCAACACACUUUCACCAAAUGGUGUGCAAAUAAUGCCAAUUUUUUCAAGCCUUUUCGCGUUAUCACUUGCAUUCUUUACUUUACGCCACUGUGGAGGCCAGGGGACGUAGUAUAAAGAGUGAGAAAGUCCUCGCAGGGAGAUUUCCAUCCAGGAGGCCGCUGUUUGAUUCCUGUGUGAAACCAAAACUCAAAGAUUGAAUGACUUACAUCGACUACUUAAACACGUAACUUACUUAACGUGUCAAACUCACUUAUUUAACCCAAACAUGAUCUUUUUACGGUGGCUCUGCGAGCUCACAGCGAUGCAACUUAAGAAAACACAUGC